UGGUCCUGGACUCGCCGUUCGAGUCAUCUGUGCGGACGAACCCUUUAUGGAGAAAGACUUCUCUGAGACGACGAGUUUAGUGAAAGUCAUUGUCUCUUACGCCGAGUCUCUGCAUAAGAAACACGCACUCAUUAGUAAAGUUCAAAACGCCGUCGAAGAUGAAGACCAGAAGUUUUUAUUGAGGUUUUCCGAGACGUAUAGCUUUAAGGCAACUCUACUGCCGAUCCGCAGUGUGGGAGUGCAGGGCGACUGUCGCACCUAUAGCUAUGUGGUGGGCCUCUCCGAGAGCGAAGCCAAGCGUGUGGACAACGAUACGAAGAAGUUUGAAGAUCUGAGCGUUUUAGCCAAACUUAUUCCUCGUGUUUGCCAUAACGUGAAUAGAGUUUGUUAUAUAUUCGGUGAUGAAGUGAAAUAUCCGGUUCACGACAUCACUCAUACCUGUCUCACAACUGGUGUCUUAUCUCAAUUGAGACAAGCGGACAGUAUUGCCACCAAAACACUGAUGGCGUCGGGAUAUGGCAGCGCUAUCUCCCAGAUGCCGGUCAUCCUUAUUCCAAUCCAUUUUGAUCGAGACGUGGCCUCAACUAACCAGUCGUAUCAGCGAUCGGUUGUCAUCAGGACUUUCAUCACUGAAGACUUCAUGACAGGUGUUCCCGCAAUACCUAACCGACACAUACCACUAGAGGUUUUUAGACAAAUGGCAACAGAGAUUGUAGCGAUUAAUGGUAUAUCUCGAGUGCUUUACGACUUGACACCCAAACCCCCUGGAACUACUGAAUGGGAAUAAUUGAUAAUCAAUUUGAAUUCAUUUUGUCCAAAAAGAAGUGUUAAAAUUUGUGAACAUUUUAAAAAUAUAUGCAUUUUUAAGUUUAAUAAUAGUAA